AGCUGAAAAUCAGCUGCGAUUGUGUACUUUUUUUUCGGCUUAUGGUCACAGAAGAAUGACGAAUAACACAAUUUGAAUGAAAAAUCUGAGUGAGACGGAAGCCGAAGUCACCAUGGACGAGAAUGUAGUCCACGAAUCAUUGCCCCAAAUCCCGGUAGUCACCUCGGUGACCUGUUGCUUCGUGCUGGCUGUUCUGUACGUGGGAAGCCUCUACAUUUGGAGCACUAAGCACAACCGGGAUCAUCCAACCACGAUUAAGAGAAGAUUCGCCAGUGUGUCCAUGGUGAUGCUGGUAGCUCCGUUCUUCGUCUACUUCUUCUCAUCGCCGGAGCUCCUCAGUCGGGAACCAUUUCCUACGCUGCUAGGUUUGCGCUUGAAGGGUUUAUGGCAAGCAGUUGUGAUACCAUACAGCCUGACGGUGCUGCUCUUCCUGGGACCCAUCUUUGUCAACAUGCAGAACGAGUCCGUACGCUCCUACUUCGAUCUUGACUACUGGAGGGGAUCAUUUGGCAGCAUCAUCUGGGUACGCAACCAUGUGAUGGCGCCACUGAGCGAGGAGUUUGUGUUCCGUGCCUGCAUGAUGCCCCUGAUCCUGCAGAGCUUUUCGCCCCUGGUCGCCGUUUUCAUAACACCACUAUUCUUUGGAGUGGCCCACUUGCAUCACAUAGCCGAGCGCCUGAGCUUGGGAGUGGAGUUGAGCACUGCCCUAUUGAUUGGACUGUUCCAGUUCAUCUACACCACGCUGUUUGGAUUCUAUUCCGCAUUUCUAUUUGCCCGUACUGGUCACGUUGUGGCUCCGAUCUUGGUGCACGCGUUUUGCAACCACAUGGGUCUGCCGGAUCUGCAGGAUCUGUGGCAGCAGGAUCUCUGGCGACGAGUGGUGGCCAUUGUUCUCUACUUAGCUGGAUUUAUUGGAUGGAUUUUCCUGGUACCACUGGCCACUGAUCCUUCGAUAUAUGAUAAUAUCCUAUACUGGAAUGUAUAAUUAAAUUACUUUGUACGUAUCAACCGCUGCCAUAUGUCGGUUUUUCCAUGUGUACAUAAAUAUUCUUGCAUGUAUUAUGUUUAGGUGUAAAAUGCAUAUCGAUGCAAACUAAUUGCGUGCACAAAAAAACGACUUCCAAUGAAAAAGAAAGAUACAGAUAAUGUAUAGUACAUAAUAGAAAGUAAGAUGUAAUGUUU